AUAUCUCCUAAGUAAAAGACAAUUCUACCAUGGUAGCCGGUGGAUAAACAACCACCCAGGGUUUAUUAUAGCCAUAGACAGAGCUCCAAAGCCAUUCAGAUCCAUCUGCUUCGUCUUCUUUCUUUAGAUUCUCUAGCACAGCUACAAGAUUUUCUUACAGGAGAACAAACAGAACAAGGAUAAUGGCAGUGUUAACAGCAGCAUCAACAACAUGGUUUUCCUCUACAACCCAGCAGCUUGUUCAGUUCAACAACGAUGACGGCUCAAUUUUCACUCGCAACUUCAAGGCAAAUUUCCCACAAAAAAGAGCAAUUACCAUGUCUACGGGUCUCACUGUCAAGGCUUCCUUUACCAAGGGAGGUCCUGGCGUCUUGGAACGCCCCACUUUUGAUCAAUCUCAGUUCGAUCCUUCUUCUCAAGUUCUCGAAGGAGGGGAUAUCGGACGACUAAGGGAUAAGAGAGGUGUUGGGAGUGGAGAUAGCUAUAGAGUCUUGCUAAUUGAUGAUAGCCGCCAUUCAGAAAGCUUAGUUGCAAAGGUAUUACCUCGAGCUGUGCCAUCAGUCACACCUGAGGAUGCUAGAAGACUAUUUCAUGAGUCACGUGAAAAUGGUGUAGCAGUUGUUAUCGUCACAGUUAAGGAACAUGCUGAGUUUUAUUCCCAGAUGAUGAUACGUGGUGGAUUACGAUCAGUGAUUGAGCCAGAUUCGUGUAAUGCGUAAAGCUGUCAGCUAUAAAGCAGUGGAUGCGAAAUGAAAGUUAAGGUCAAGGCAAUUUUGAAGUUUACGAAGCUUUUCAUUUUGAGAAGAAAGGAGAGGAGAUUUGGCCUUUCAAAUACCAAAAAGGCAAAAAAAUAAAGAGCAGGGAAGGAGAUUUAGACACAGGAUCAGACUUUUAUGUUGCUGAUAUUGAAUAUAGAAUAUGCUUUGUGGCUGCGUAAUGUGUACCGGUAGUUCUUUAGAAGAGCUUAAUUAUACUCUAUUCAGAACUUGAACCGAUAGUUCUUUAGAAUACGAUUUGUAGCUGUAGAAUAUGCACUGGUAGUUAAAUUAUUAGUAUGACGACUUCUGCAGUGCGAUUCAUCACCAGGGCCUCUUGCCAUCCUUUUUUCCCUCCA